GAAAUCAGCCUCAAGUGUUUCAACCUAGGAGUACUCUGUGCUCUCUUCAUGUUGGAGCUAGCAACUUCGAAGAAUGUCUUCGCGGCCAGGGUCCCAGGACAAUUUCAUCUGAACUCUUGUCCCAAAUUGGACACUAACGACACUAUAUUUUCAGCUCCUUUCCACCAUCUCACAGUAUCGGAAGAGUCCGCCCCGGCUAUAUCAAACGGCCUUUGGAACCCGCUUUCUCCCCUUUCUUGCACGACUUGCCUCCUCCGCCGCGAACAAGAUAGACUCCGCCGUCACGGAACCAACCCAAAUCACCAUCGCUCUACUUAUCCAUUGAGCAAACUACCACCAUGAAGGGAUAUCUGAGGUACUUCAACCGGCCCUUAGCAGGGGCCGUCGUGCUGAUUGCUACCUCGACCUUCAACUAUGGCUUCGACAAUCAAGGCUUCGCAACCACUCAGGCCAUGGAUGCGUUUACUCGCCGCUUCGGCGUCAAGGCAGCUGACGGAACUUAUGCGCUCGAUGGUGUCUGGCUUAGUCUUUUCAGCAGCCUCAUCUACAUCGGCUUCGGCGCUGGCAUCAUCUUGGGCAGCUGGCUUAGUGCUCGGGUCGGUCGCCGCAAAGCUAUGUUCCUGCUCAGCGCGUAUGAAGUAAUCACUGCAACCAUCAUCGUGACGUCCCAGAACAGGGCACAGAUCUUGGCCGGUCGAGUCCUCAACUAUGUCUACGUCGGCAUGGAGUUGUCUGUUGUGCCCGUAUUCCAGUCAGAGAUUGUCCCGGCAGAGAUUCGUGGGUUCGUCGUCGGCACCUAUCAGUUCGCCUUGAUUGCGGGUGGGCUCAUCUUGAAUAUUAUUUGUUUGGGAACUAGUGGCAUUCAAGAUGAUCGAGCAUUUCGAAUUCCUUAUGGGCUGUUCUAUAUCAUCCCUGCCAUUAUCAUGGCGGGCAUCUUCUUCGUUCCCGAAUCGCCCCGAUGGCUCAUUAUUAUGGAUCGGCAUGAAGAGGCGCUUACCAAUCUCCACAAACUCAGGGAUGGAGUUUUCUCGGAAGAAGAAAUCACCAGAGAAUUCGAGGUCAUGCGGAUCGCCGUCGCAAAUGAGAAGGAUCAAGGCAAGUUCUCCGAGCUCUUCCAUCGGAAUAACAUCCUGCGAACAUUUAUCGCGUGCGGAGUGCACGGCUUCCAGAAUGCGUGUGGCCAGGACUUGGUGUCAAAAUUUGGCAGCCUCAUCGUUAAGAGCUUAGGAACUAUCAGCCCAUUUAUUAUGACUGUGGUAUUCGCACUCACGAACAUGGUAUUCGUCUUUAUUGGAAUGACCCUGUCGGACAAGACUGGGCGACGGCCCUUGCUUCUUCUGAGCGCAUUUAUGCAACUUGCAGGGAUGCUAAUACUAGGAGGCAUUGGUACGACUGGAUGGCCGCUGGAGCCACGAUUUCAAGCCGUAACGAUUGUGAUGCUCUGCCUCAUCACGGCGGGCUUUUCUAUCGGAUUCGCACCGCUGGCCAACGUGGUGACUACGGAGAUAACAUCUCUUCAUCUUCGUGACAUGACGCAGCGGAUUGCGUGUUGUAUGAACGUUAUUGCUAACUUCGCUGUGGGCUUCUCGACACCAUACCUGCUCAAUGCGCCCUACGCGCACCUGGAGAUGCAGAUUGGCUGGGUGUAUGCGCCUGUCUGUGCUCUGGCGUUCCUCUUCGUUUGGUUUUUCGUUCCCGAGUGCAAAGGCAAGACUCUCGAGGAGACAGACUGGCUCUUUAAGCACCACAUACCAAUCCGCGAGUUUGGCAAGUACCAAGUUCCAAACCUCUACAGUGAGCACGAGGCAAAGGUGCUUGAGGAUAAUAAGAAAACAAUUGAAGAGUUUCAGGUCGAGAAUGUCGAGGGCUAACAGCGAGGAUGACUUCGACAGGCCUACGCCUGAGGACACUUCAAGUGGUCAUUUGCUAGGAUGAAAUUAGAAACGCCUGUCAGCUUGAAAUUUAGUGUUGAUCAAGUUAUUUCAUUUCCAUGUGCCUGUCUCCUAGUGGGCUUUCAUUUGUCAAACGGGCAUGGCGAGUUCGGUGUGUUUGUUAGGUUAAAAUGAGGUAGUCAUGCAUGCCUCUCCCUGA